AUGUUUUGCCCACAAACUUUUGUUUCAUUUGGACAAAUUUGGACAUAUCACGUUGCAAUAUUAAGAUCUGAAUCUGAAGGCCUGUCCAAGUGCCUGGACUGCUCGAGGGCCUGCCUGACGGUCAGGUUUGCUCCUAAAGCACCCACUCUCAAAACGCCGAAGCCCCCAGCUGUGAAAAGUGUCCUCUGCAUUUCUCUGAUUCAGGGGCACCGUGUUCUUAACGAGAUGAAAAUUUUGAUUUUGGGCGCCAUUGCCGUGAAAGCUUUUGGAAGCCUCAUGUUUGUCUUUGCCAGCUCUCUUGGAGCUUCAUUAUUGGAGCAUGGAUGGAAGGAGGGGACUAGACUUGGUGUUGAUAACCAGCUCCGUUCUCUCUGCUUCUUAAAUGUUCUACUCAAUUCUUUUAACUUACAGAGCCACAACCAGCUCCGCCGCCAUCUUCCACCUGCAAGUCGUUGCCGUUUUCUUCCGCCGCCGUCGUCCACCUACAAGUCGUCGUCGUUUUCUUCCGCCGCAGCCGCCCCCUACAUUUUUCGAUUCCGCCCCUCACUCUCGUCACGAGUCGCCUCUUCAGGGGGACUGUCACCAGUUUUCAGAGGUCGAGACGGCAUCUCUUCCACCACCACGCGCCGUCGGUUUUGUCCCUCUCUGUGGUGGUUCGCCUCAAUUUCGCCGGCGAAUGAGGCAACGAGGGCAGCGUUUUGGUUUCAACCAACACCUGUCGCUCUGCUCGUCUCCCUUGAACAACUCCGACCGACGCCGCGAACUCGCAGUGAUUCCGGCGGCUGGGGCAGUGCGGCCGGGCGGAGAUCUGCACCGGUGACGAAAUUGCACGGCUAG